GCUGUGGCGGGACGGACCCGCGCUGCGAGGCCGCGGGCGUUGCCAUAGAAACGGGCUGGCGCUCGCAUCCGAGGCCGCGGGGUGGGGAGGCCCGAGUGAAGGGUGAACUUCCAGGUCGAGAAGACUAGCGAGCCGAGGCACAGCCCCAUCUUUGGGGUAGAAAUAAUUUGGUGUGGGACCGGGAGGUGAAAGGGAGGAGGUGGUACCAGUAGACGUCCGAGAGACCUGGCCCGGGCCUUCAUGAUUUGAUCCCUAGUUUCUGUAACCGCAGAAUUCCCCAAACAGGUUCUACUGCCUUAAGGAUGACAGUCCUAGGGCACCCUCGAAGUUGGAGCUGCCACUGUUUGCCAUUCCUGAUACUGUUGCUGGGCACAGGCCAUGGGCCAGGGGUGGAAGGUGUGACACACUACAAAGCCGGCGACCCUGUCAUGCUUUAUGUCAACAAAGUGGGACCCUACCAUAAUCCUCAGGAAACUUACCACUACUAUCAGCUUCCAGUCUGCUGCCCUGAGAAGAUCCGACACAAAAGUCUUAGCUUGGGCGAAGUACUGGAUGGGGACCGAAUGGCUGAGUCUUUGUACGAGAUCCGCUUUCGGGAGAAUGUGGAGAAGAGAAUUCUAUGCCACAUGCAGCUCAGUUCUGCUCAGGUAGAGCAGCUGCGCCAGGCCAUUGAGGAAUUGUAUUACUUUGAAUUUGUAGUAGAUGACUUGCCAAUCCGUGGUUUUGUGGGCUACAUGGAAGAGAGUGGCUUCCUGCCACACAGCCACAAGAUAGGACUCUGGACCCAUUUGGACUUCCACCUAGAAUUCCAUGGAGAUCGAAUUAUAUUUGCCAACGUUUCAGUGCGAGACGUGAAGCCCCACAGCUUGGAUGGGCUACGAUCUGACGAAUUAUUAGGCCUUACACACACUUACAGUGUGCGCUGGUCUGAGACUUCAGUGGAGCAGCGGAGUGACAGGCGCCGUAGUGAUGAUGGUGGUUUCUUUCCCCGAACACUGGAAAUCCAUUGGCUGUCCAUCAUCAACUCCAUGGUGCUUGUGUUUUUACUAGUGGGGUUUGUGGCCGUUAUUUUAAUGCGUGUGCUUCGGAAUGACCUAGCACGGUACAACCUAGAUGAAGAGACUACCUCAGGAGGCUCUGGUGAUGACUUUGACCAGGGUGAUAAUGGCUGGAAAAUUAUCCAUACCGAUGUCUUCCGCUUCCCUCCAUACCGUGGUCUGCUUUGUGCUGUGCUUGGCGUGGGUGCCCAGUUCCUGGCCCUUGGCACUGUGCCUUUCUUCCUGACAUGGAGUGUGGUGAACUCAGUGCAUUGGGCCAAUGGUUCGACACAGGCUUUGCCAGCUACCACAAUCCUGCUGCUUCUGACGGUUUGGCUGCUGGUAGGCUUUCCUCUUACUGUUAUUGGAGGCAUCUUUGGGAAGAACAACGCUAGCCCUUUUGACGCACCUUGUCGCACCAAGAAUAUCGCCCGGGAGAUCCCACCCCAGCCCUGGUACAAGUCUACUCUCAUCCACAUGACUGUUGGAGGCUUUCUGCCUUUCAGUGCCAUCUCUGUGGAACUCUACUACAUCUUUGCCACAGUCUGGGGUCGAGAGCAAUACACUUUGUAUGGCAUCCUCUUCUUUGUCUUUGCCAUCCUACUAAGUGUGGGGGCUUGCAUCUCCAUUGCACUCACCUACUUCCAACUGUCUGGGGAGGAUUACCGCUGGUGGUGGCGAUCUGUGCUAAGUGUUGGCUCCACAGGCCUCUUCAUCUUCCUCUACUCGGUUUUCUACUAUGCCCGGCGCUCCAACAUGUCAGGAGCAGUACAGUCAGUAGAGUUCUUUGGCUACUCCUUACUCACCGGUUAUGUCUUCUUCCUCAUGCUGGGCACCAUCUCCUUUUUUUCUUCCUUAAAGUUCAUCCGUUAUAUCUAUGUUAACCUUAAGAUGGACUGAGUUCUGAGUCACAGAACUAUUGCUCUUCUCCUCAUACCCCAUUGAUCUUUCCUGAUGGCUGCUCUUCCGACUGGAGUGUGUGAUUGCUCUCCCCUUUGCCCUUGGGGUCUGAAAAAGGACCUGGAAAUUAUAAAUCUCUAUUAUAUAAGGAGUAUAUAUUUGAACUUUUUAAGUUGCCUUGUUUUGGCCCUGAGUUUUCUUUUUACAAUUAUUACAAUAAAAUUUAUUAAGGAAAAGGA